AUGAAAUCCAUUCUUCUUUUCUUCACGAUUUCCCUCAUCUCUACAACUUUUUCCUAUCCAACCUAUCAAGAAAAAUGGGAAAUCCCUGAUUUUACUGGAGCCAGCGAUUGUUUAGUCGAUGAAAGUUGUGGUCGACUUGGUCGUUGCUGUUGGAAUACUUGUCAAAGAAUCGAAAAACCCGAGUGUGGACCGAAUGCAACAAGAAUGUUUGGGAAAAAA